GUUGAGAGUGGAGAGGUGGCAGGCGAGUGAAGAUGGGGCAAAUAUUCGGGGGGAAAGUGGAAGGACAGUUGUGUGGAAAAAUCUCACGGUGGAAAAUAGUCUCGCAAUAUAAAACCCCAUUCGUGAAUUUUGAGGGGGCGUGGAGAGAGGUGGGUUUUGGAGGUUUGCUGAGAAAAGGGGAUCCCAAUUGGGUGAUGAUCAUCCACUAAGGGGCUGCGCUCGCUUACACACUUGCUCUUGACUGUACCUGGGUAUUAAUAGAACAGAACUGAAGCAGCUCUUACGAACCGGAGAUAUUCGUCCAGCACUGAAUUCCAGUGCAGCCGACUACUAGAAAGGGAAUUAGAGACUGAGAUGUGCUGCAUUGCCAUCCGCAUCAACUGACUUCGUUAGGGAGGGGAGAGAGAGAGUGAGAGAGUGAGAGAGGAAGUAGGGGAAGGAGAUUGACAUUACUUAAGUUUGCUGAUCGAUCGUUAGAGUUGCACCGCCAGCACAGUGUGAAGUGCUGUUGUCUUUCUCAGUGGCUCUUCAGUUGCGAAGGUAUGUGCUCUGGAGGAAUCGCAAAGGUUUAAGUGUUUGUUGCGACUCAUGGGCCUCCUUGAGCUUGUUGACGGCGUCGUUGUGCCGGUUCUGGAGGUCGAGUGUCAUUGAGGUCAGCCUGUAAUCCGAUUCGCAGAUCUUGCGAAGACUGAAGGUAGAGUAACUUGCUGCAAUGGCUGCAACCGGAAUUAUCGCCUCCACAAGUUACUGCACCUUGACGAGGCCGUCUCGCCAGGAAGCAUUUUGGGGUGUUGACUCCUGCUUGCGGUCUGGAUUCAAGGGGCGUGGAAAGCUUUCUUCAGCAGGUUUCCUUGCUCCUGGUGUUAACAGUUUGCGUCUCAGGGGUAAUACUUGCCCCAGACCCGCUACCGCCGCCAGAUCCAAGUCCAACACACUCAGUGUCUCAGCUGUCUUGGCCGAACGUCCUAUUGAGACUCUGUUCCAGCAAGAGCAAAUAACUCGGGAGAGAGAGGUAAAGACUCCGAAGUCGCAAGUGAACAUGAAGAAAGUGUUUUCUAUCAUUCUGGGUGGAGGCGCCGGCACCCGCCUCAACCCCCUUACUCUCCGCCGUGCCAAGCCAGCGGUGCCGCUCGGCGGCGCCUACCGACUGAUUGAUGUGCCGAUGAGCAACUGCAUCAACAGCGGAAUCAACAAGAUCUACGUUCUUACGCAGUUCAAUUCCACCUCGCUCAAUCGCCACCUUUCUCGCACAUACAACCUUGGAAAUGGCAGCAGCUUUGGAGACGGAUACGUGGAGGUUUUGGCUGCCGCACAGAGGCCUGGAUUCGGUGGUGACAAGUGGUUUGGAGGCACUGCGGACGCCGUGAGACAAUACCUGUGGUUGUUGGAGGACGCCAAGAACAAGGACGUAGAGGAAGUGGUGAUUCUAUCUGGUGAUCACCUCUACCGCAUGGAUUAUGAAGAUUUCGUGCAGAAGCACAAAGACUCUGGAGCUGAUAUUACCGUUUCUUGUGUACCAAUGGACGAUAGCCGGGCCUCUGAUUACGGACUGAUGAAGAUUAACGACAAGGGUAGAAUCCACUACUUCAACGAGAAGCCGAAGGGUGAUGAAUUGCAGUCCAUGCAAGUGGACACCACAGUGUUGGGUCUGUCCCCCGAUGAAGCGAAGAAGAAGCCAUACAUUGCAUCCAUGGGCAUCUACGUGUUCAAGAAGAGUGUACUCUCCAAGCUUCUCAAGUGGCGGUACCCACUUGCCAAUGACUUUGGUUCCGAGAUUAUCCCCCAGGCAGCGAAGGAAUUUUAUGUCCACGCUUACCUUUUCAAUGACUACUGGGAAGACAUUGGAACUAUCAAGUCCUUUUUCGACGCCAAUUUGGCGCUAACAUCGCCGGACUCCAAAUUUAGCUUCUACGACGCUGCGAAACCGACCUACACCUCUGCACGUUACCUGCCCCCAACCAAGAUCGAGAGGUGCAGAGUGAAGGAUUCGAUUGUAUCCCACGGAUGUUUCUUGAGAGAUUGCAGCGUUGAGAAUUCGGUUAUCGGUAUCCGGUCUCGGCUUGAGUCUGGGUGUGACGUGAAGAGGGCUAUGAUCAUGGGUGCCGAUUUCUACGAAACUGAUCCUGAAGCCUCUGCAUUGCAAGAAGAAGGAAAAGUGCCUCUGGGCAUUGGCGCCAACACCAAGCUCAGGAACUGCAUUGUCGACAAGAAUGCUCGGAUCGGCAGCAAUGUCGUUAUUGCUAACACUGAUAAUGUAUUCGAAGCUGCGCGACCGGAUGAAGGUUUUUACAUUCGCUCUGGUAUCACAGUGAUAUGCAAGAACGCCGUAAUUCAGAACGGAACUGUCAUCUAAACGAGCCGAGAUCUAAUUCCUGAUCGAGCAAUUUGUUUAAUCGUAACCAACCCGUCACUGUAUGAAGUAAAAUGUCAGGGAUAACUGCCGUGCAUCAACUGCAUUGCUGAGCUGUUGCUUCAUAGAUCCCACGACCAUUGGAGGGGACAAGCCGCUUACUCAAUGCAUCCGAGCUUCUAAGCUCGCCGUGACGUUUUUUUUUUUUUUUUUUCCGAGGAUUCUCUGCCGACCGCGUUGUUGGUGGACGUAGAAUUAGGGUUGCAAAUGCAGCUCUCCUUGGGACCACAAUCAAAUGUACAAAGUUUGCUAAUCGAUUUAGAGCGAUUUCAUGUGAUACCAGGAUUAAAUCCUAAGAUUAGGUGAGUAACGUCAUCAAUUUUGGAGUGUAUAGCGUGAGCGUCAGCAUAUAUUACGAUUUGUAUAAUAUAUUUAUUAAUUUAAAGAAAUGUACUUGCCUCGA